UAUUUGUUGAUUAAUUUGGAUUCGUGUACAUAUAUGUCUCUCAAAGAGUCUAACAGUUGACGAAAACACAAAUCCACGCAGUCAUCUGUGAUUUGCCAAUUUUAAAUUUAGUCUAUAGGUACUCGUUUUGCAUAACACAGCUAUUCUGUCAUUCUUCACUGUGUUACGACUUGUCUAGAUAUACAUAUCACUUUCGAUGGAUUCUACGGGUCAAUAAAUUCGAUGAAUAAAACAUUACCUAAGGUAUGUUUAUACCAGAUACUUUAAGAGGCUGUAUGAUCGAGACGGACGUUUCUUCUUAUUUGCAAACAUCAUCAUCGGGACAGGAUGAAUUUCACCCUUUUAUUGAGGCACUCUUACCCUACGUCAAAUCAUUUUCCUACUCUUGGUUUAAUUUGCAAGCCGCUAAACGAAAGUAUUAUAAGAAGCACGAAAAACGUAUGUCUUUGGAAGAGGAAAGACAUUGUAAGGAUGAACUGCAGAAUGAAAAAACAGAGGUUAAGCAAAAGUGGGCUUCCCGUCUUCUUGGAAAACUCAGAAAAGACAUUACGCAAGAAAGUCGAGAGGAUUUUGUUCAAUCUAUAAUCGGAAAACGAAAAUCUAUAUGCGUUCUCUCAAAUCCUGAUCAAAAAGGAAAAAUGAGACGCAUAGACUGCUUACGGCAGGCUGACAAAGUAUGGCGGCUUGACUUGGUCAUGGUUAUACUGUUCAAAGCGAUUCCCUUAGAAAGUACGGAUGGUGAGCGGUUAGAAAAAAAUCCGGAAUGUUUACAUCCAGGAUUAUGUGUAAAUCCGUACCAUAUAAAUGUUUCUGUUCGAGAAUUGGACUUGUACUUGGCCAACUUUAUAAACACUCAUAAUUCAGUUUCCAACACGAACUCAACUUUUUCAACAACUCCGGGAGUAAGAUCGCCACACUUGGCUAUAUAUAAUCGAAAUAAUGAUCCCGACAGAAAAGACGAGGUCGUUGACAUGAAAAAUGAGAACGUUAGACAAAAUCCAUAUAAUGGAGUAGUUUGUAAUGAUAUUAUUUUAGCGACUGGAGUGUUUUCAUCCCAAGAACUGUGGAACUUAUCCAAAGAUUUAAUUUUAGAUGAAGUCAACGAUAGUAACCUGAACUCUAACCUUAUUAAGAGGGAGAAUGUUGGAGCUGCGUAUGAGUGCAGUACAUAUCAAAUUAACACUGAAUCUUCAAUUUCUGCCGCCCAGAGUCUGGUUCAGUCUGGAGCGAUUGUGACUAAUCCGAUUCCACUGGGUUAUAGUAUUGACUUUAUAGAUCAGAGGAGUAUGCAUUUAUCGCAGAGUCCGUUAUUACGUACAGAAGGCACAAACGGUGAUACCCAAGAUGCUAACAAAAUCGAUCAAAGCAGUUCACCGCCCAUCACAAGUACUCCAUCAGACAAUGGCAAUAGUAGUUUUUCCCUAAUUGUAAGAGCCACUGAUAGCUCUAACGGCGAUCAAAAAACAUCAGCAGAUUCAACUAUUUCUCUGCACCGCUAUACGUCUCUUAACAGUAGGCCUAUCCCCCAAGCUUUAACACAACAUAAUUGCUCAUCAUUACAUUCGACUUCCACCAGUCCAAAUAAUUCUGUGUAUUACCCUCAGCACAACAAUCCGCGACCAUCUCAAUCAACUUCCGUUGAGGAACAAAACCGUGUUGCUUCAGAUAAAUAUUCAACGGAACCUCAAGAUAUUUCCGACUUUGUCACAUAUGUAUGUCAAGAUUCUAGUCACACGACAACAAUAACCGGAGCUGUUGAAAACCAUCAAUUUCAACAUUCUCAUACACUCCCGCAUUCACACGUAUCACAAGGUCACUCGCCGCAUUUUCAAAUCCAUCAGCAGCUGCGAACUGCGAAAUUGGCGACUUCGCCGUCAACUCAUUAUCACAGUACAAUGCUUCCGCCGAUGCUACCUCCGAUGGCUCGACCUGUAGCUAUAAUUCGAAGCAGCAGUGAUUUAACACUUGUCCAGUCACCACCUCCUUCUUUGUCGCUUACAAACCAAUCUCCGAACCUUAACAACAACUGCAUGGGAAAAAAUGGCUUGGAACCGGAUAAUAUUAGACUUGCAAGUACUCUAGACAAUAGCAAUAGCCCCGUUAGCACAGAUGUUGUCGCACACCACGAUAUGACAGGGACUGCAUCUCCUCAACCGUUGCACAACACACCGGCGUCAGCGAGUCCCCAAUCCUAUCUGGAUCCAGGUCGAUGUAAACUUUUAUCAGCUGGAUCAAACAUAAGCAGAAUUACAACGCAAAUGUAUGCCCCAUCUAAUAACAGAGAAUAUUUUAAUCACUUUCAUUCCCAACCUACAUCGCUAUUGGGAUAUGCCGGCUCCAUAUCCACAAUGACUGGUGUUAUAAGUCCGACGGACUUAAGCCUAUACUCAGCUCCAAUGGCUGUAUCUAGAUCAAGUACCAGGACAAGAUGGAACGAAGAGGAGCAUAACGUAAUUCCACAUUCUGUAUCUAGUACAAAUAUUGAAAAUACCCAGGUUAUAUUGAUGGAAGAUUAACUCAUUUCAGCGUCUGGACGUUAUAUAGAUGAGUACUCAAGUCGUGACUAUGUGUCAUGAUCUAAGCUCAACGAAAUAAAAGCCAUUAAACUUUUCGGCUUGGGCAUGCCAAAACAUUUAUGAGCGAAUCCAUAAUAAAUAAUGGUACCAUAAAUUUUAUUGUAGCUGUUAAUAAUUAUACUAACCACUCUUUGUUUGUAUACAUGCUUGGUUUUUACUUAAAGUACUGCAAGUCAACGACUGUAUAAUGAGACCAGUAUAAUCGAAUACAUUUAUACCCGUAAAAAAGUAGAGAAAAGUAAAUAAGACCCGAGUAUAAUAAAAGCUCUAAUCGGUGUAGUCGAUUCACAAAGUCAAAUAAAGUAGAGGAUCUCAUAUAGUUUUUCUGUUUAAAAAUAAUUUUCAAAACAUAUAACAUACGAAAAGUAUAAAAACAAUAUUCACGAGCGCACUUAAAGUAUCCUUUGAACGCCCUUUUAAAGCCAGUUGGUUUACGUACCCAUAGCUACUCUGAUUGAUUUAAAUAUAAUGGAUAAAAUCAUAGAGGCUGAGUGACUUAAAGUUUGUUUGACACUUUUGUGUCUUUGCCAAAUUUGGUUAUUAUGUCCAAAAUAUUAUUAAAGACAUAAAGACAUAACGGAAAAAUGUAAAUGAUUAUUAAUAUUAUUAAUCAGUAAUAUUAUUUGUAAUUUUCAGAGUCGGAAGUGAACAAUGAGGGAAUAGUUGCACAAUAAAAUAAAACAUUAAUUUUGUAUUGUAUUAUAAGCUAACUUCGGCAAGACGAAGUUUAUAUUAUAACCCUUGCAGAUACAACCAUGCCAUGCUUACUUUGUUGAAAUUAAGAACGUAUUAAUAAAAAUAUGUAGAGAUACUAAAUGCUAAAUUACAUGCAAUAUAUUUAUAAAAAAUAAAUAUGAUAUCCUCUUUUCCGACAUUAAUAUUCCGAUAUGACGUAGUUGUCUGAUUCGAGGCGUUGCGACCUACAUGUAUAGGUCGCAAGCUAGAACAAGACAAUACAUAUAGCUUUAAACCUAAAAGACUGUUUGCGCAGACACGGACGGAUCGAUAGAAAAAGUCGAAUCCUCUGUUGUUACGGAUUUGAAAACCUCGAAACGUUUCCAUAACUGCAAUGCAAACAUUUGACUGAAAUAAAGUUGCCCACUGCAAGGGUAUACUAAUAAUUUUCAAAUAUUGAGAAAUGAGCUUGAUUUAUAUGAAAUAGACGAGAAUGAAGGUUGAGUUUAAAAACCAAAUACUAGCAAACAAAAUUUAAAAACAAAUUUUAACUUCACAACACUCUGUAUUAAAUUCCAAAAAUGUAAUCUAUUUUACUUUUCAACUACUAGAUUUAUAGCAAGAUGUUAUUGAACAGUAUACAAAGUUUUAAAGCCUUAAUGAGUUUUGAAAUUGUCACUAUAUUUGGAUGAAUUUAUGUUUUUGUGAGAUAUUAAAAUAAAUUUAAUAUAACUAUUGCAGGACACUAGUAAGUAGCAAAGCCAUCUAUGUGGCUUUUAAAAUCUUAAAUAAAGAAGAAAAGAAGGAUUUGCUGGUAACGUACUGAAAAAAGGGGGAUCUUUGUUAUUUUGAAUUCCAGAUUUCUAAAAUUUUACGGAAAAUGGAUAAAAUCCUUAAAGUUUUGUAUAACUGGAAUAAAAACGCAUCUUAAUAACUGGACGGAAGUCGUACUGCAAAUAUUUAAUAUUAAGUUAUUGUACUUUGAUGCUACAUUUUAUAAUACAUUAUCGAAAAGUAAGGGUAUACAAGGAGCCAAUGUUAUGACAAUAGUAGGACUAAUUAAACCAUCUCUAUACAUGGUUAGGUUUAGAUAUGAAUUGGAGAAGAAAACUGCUAAAAUAAUUCAGUAAUUAAGUAUUGCUUUAACUAAGAAAGUAGGUAUGCGGAAAAUUAUAGUAGGAAAUUCGAAAAUACUUUAAAAUUAUAUAUGCCUAAUGCAUAAGUUAAUUUUAUACUAUAUUUUCGCUUAUAACAAAUGUUAUAUUUAUUAUAAAAAAAUAAAAAAGCAAGUGUGAAGUAAAGACAAUGUAAGGAAAUAAUUAUUAUAAGUGCCUGAGAUUUUAUUUUAGAAGAUUAAAAAUGUUCUCACUUUUGAUUAUUUAUUUUGAAUAUGGUUUAAAUAUAUUUUAAAUUAGUUUUAAAGCUAAUACGUAAGAAAUUUUUAUUUUUUAACAAAAUUGAGAAAAUUAAUUUUUUGUAAAUUAUUUGAUAGUGAAAACUGGAACAAGCCCGAUUGACAUGGGUGAAAUUUUUUGAUUUUAAUUAGAAUAAGCACACACAUAUUUGUUUUUUUUUUACAAAUCGAACACAUUUAAUUAAAUCACAUUUAUAAUUUUCCUACAAAUUUCUUUUUGAGUUAGUAUUCGUGAAUAAGUAAACACGUGUUUCCUGAUUGUGCUAGGAAAUACAUUUUGUAUAUCAAAUUUUUAAAAGUCUGUCAAAAAUAGUACAGCAUUUCUUAUAUUCACAUUUUCUUAUUUUAAAAAUUGAAUUUUCAAUCUGACUAAAAAAAUUGUUUACUUAUUUACCGAAGAGUAGAAUUUAAGUUAAGUUCGGUUUGUAAAAAAAACAGCAAUAGGGUCGCGUUCACUCAACUUUGGUCACAUUGAGUGGGCAUCUAUUUCAACAAAAUGUUGGUCUCAAAACUUAAAUGUCUUUGAAUUCGGACGUUUCCAAGUUCAAAAAUGUGUUUUGAGAUCGCAGUGUAAAAGAAACUCAUAAAUUGAUAUGAUUGCCUAUAAUAAUGAUUAUUUUAAUAUGAAUUUAACGACAAAAUCUGAAUAAUUUGAUGUCUUUAAAAUAUUAGUACAAUAAUAAUCAUAAGUGGAUGGUAAAGGGCAUGUGCAAAAACUAAGCAAUACUUUAAAUAUUUUUAAGAAUUGGCUGUGAAUAUGAUCUUACGCUGUUUGUAAUUUAGGUAAACAUGAAAGUGCUUAAUAUAAAUAAUUACUAUACUGUAUUGCAAUUCUAAUAUAUACCUACUACUAAAAUAGACUGUAAACAAAAGGAGACUUGGUAAUAAAUUAAGAGAAUAUUUUGUUAAAGCAAAAAAUAAAGAUUAGCAUUAAACACAUU